GCGGUCACCAGAGGAAUGGUGGGAGUGGCGGUGAUAAGGACAUGGAUUGAGCCAGUGGUUGCAGGGUCUCAAGUGGCCAGUGCCUUCUAUGACACCGCACUGCUGAUGGUGCUGAAGAACUACUACAAUCAGACCAAUGGCACUGCUCCCUCCCACGAGCAGGAAGAUGCUCAGCAGAAGGCUGUCUCUAAUUUUUAUAUCAUCUACAACCUAGUCCUAGGCCUGAGCCCACUGGUGUCAGCCUACAGUUUGUCCAAGCUGGGGGACAGGAUGCAUCGGAAGAUCCCCAUCUGCUUCCCUCUUCUCGGCUACUUGGGCUCCAAAUCUCUCCUCCUCCUGAUGAUUCUGCUGGACUGGCCAGUUGAGGUGAUGUAUGGGGCUGCUGCCUUCAAUGGGCUUACAGGAGGUUUCACCACGCUCUGGGCAGGGGUCAUGGUUCUGGGAUCCCUGGGAUCCUCAGAGAGGAGAAGGUCUCUGCGUCUUAUCAUUAUUGAGCUGGUGUAUGGCCUUGCUGGCUUUCUAGGGAGCGUGGCAUCUGGCUACCUUUUUGUUGGCUUCAGUGAUCACCAUCGAGAGGGCACUGUGCUGGUGGGCUGCAGCAUUGCUUGCUAUGCUUUCUGCCUCCUCUACAGCAUUUUUGUCCUGACAGUCCCCAAACCAGCAGCUGCCUGCCCAGCUAAAGCCAAGAGUGCAGAGGAGGUGGGCAGUCAGCUACCAGACUGCACAGAAGUGUCAGCAGCAGAGAGUUCCCAGCCUUCAGAGAGCAGCAAGUCCUCUCCAGUAUCCCCAUCAAGACUCAUCAUCAUCAUGCUGUUUGUGGCAGCAAUCCUCUAUGACCUUGCUGUGGUCGGUGCAAUGAACAUACUCCCACUCUUCUUGCUUAGGGAGCCAUUGAGCUGGAAUGCUGUGGAGAUUGGUUAUGGCAAUGCUGCUGGAUAUGUGAUCUUCAUCACCAGCUUCCUAGGGGUAUUUGUGUUCUCCAAAUAUUUGAGGGACAUUAGCAUGAUCAUGAUUGGAGUAGCAUCCUUCAGCACAGGCAUUCUCAUUAUGGCCUUCGUGCGGUGGACAUUUCUGUUCUACAUCGCACGGGCAGUGAUGCUCUUUGCCCUCAUCCCCUUACCAACAAUCAGGUCCAUGUUAUCCAAGCAUGUUGAAGGAUCAUCCUACGGUAAGGUGUUUGUCCUGCUUCAGUUGUCUUUAGUCACCACAGGAGUAGUAACAUCUACAGUCUACAACAAGAUCUAUCAAAACACACUGAACUGGUACAGUGGCUUCUGUUUCAUUUUGUCCUUUCUAGUUGGCUGCCUGAGUCUCCUCCCCUUAAGCAUUGUGGCCAUCAAGCAGCACUCAACCUCUGGCUCUCUUGAGAUUCUGACCAAGUGA